UAUAGAUGAUAGUAUAAUAUUGGCAAAAGAAAAACAUCAAGGGUGCAGUCUCUCCCUGCUUGUUCUUCAACCUAAAACCACCCCUCUUCACCAAAUACUUGUAUUUUAUCGCUCUAUAUUCUCUUUUUCGACCGACCACCGGAACACCAAUCAGCGUCUUAAACCCUCAACCUAACUCUCAAAACCCUAAAAAAAGGAGUAUGGAGUUCCAACAACAAGCGCAUCCGUACAAUAGGCAACCACCACCGCCGUUACCACCGCCACCGUCGAUGGGGGAUCCCCACUAUCCACGACCUCCGGUGCCAUCACCUGCUUCAUGGUCCUACUCGAGCCAAUUCCAAUACCACCCACCCCCUCACCCUCAGCCGCAGCAGCAGUGGGGUCCGCCCCCUCCUCCUCCAUAUCCUCCUCCUAAUGGGGCUUAUCCACCACCUCAUCAUCAUAUUCAACAACAGGCCCAGCCCCAAUAUCCUCUUCCCCCUCGCCCUCAUGGAAAUCAGGACUGGGGCAACAUGAACUGGGGUCAACAGCAAAGUUGGGGAAACUCAGUAGCAAAUAGCAAUGAAGAUUGGGCUGCAAAAGCCCGAGCAUGGGCUGCUUCCAAGGCUGCUAGUGACCAUCAGCACCAGCACUCGCAAUUUACAUAUGAUAGCAGGCUGGACCAGCAGAGUCAUUACUAUGAACAAUACACUCAAUCUGCUGAUCAACAUCUCCAAGACAUGCAACAACCACCAGUUCUGCCAUCAAGUAAUCAACACGCCAUUACUCCUGUGGCACCUUCUCAGAGGGCAUCGUUUGGCUAUUCGCAGGAGCCCUCAUUCUGCAGCUCUGGGCAAUCUCCUUAUGUUCUACCUUACACUGCUAGAGAUGGAAAUUUCACUGGAGAUUCAGUUGCUUCAUUCCCUCAGCAAGGCAAUUCAUCCAUAAGUCCAUUGGUCCAUCAGCAGGAGGUACCUUCUAGUUAUUCUUCUAUUGCAGGUAAAGAAGAGGUUGGGAAUCAAAAUGAGGCUUUCUAUGGUUCUUCAUCUUUGCCUGCCAGCUCUACUCAGCAGCAUUACGCACACCUAAUGUCAGCACCCAAUAAAGCUGCAGUGACGGAAGAGCGUCAUUACGUGAUGGGUCCUGAUCUUAGUGAUCGACCUUUGGAUUUUGCACCUCGUUUUAAUCAUGAGCAUGACCAGCAUUCCCAGCCCUAUUAUGUCCGUGCUGAUUCAGGGGGCUCUGUGGGGGGUGCAGAUCCUGUUUCAGCAAUGCCUUCCAAUUAUACAUGGCCUUCUUCUUCUGCUCCUGGUGCUGCUGCGUAUCCUCCUCUUCCUCCAGUACCUCCAGUUGGGUCCCAGGUUGAUCCUUCUGUUGUUGGAGCUUCUCCAGCCCCUGAACACACUGCACCACUCUUUGGAAGGGCACAGACUUCAAGCUUCCAUGCAACUGUUCCGUCAGUUGGUGCCCACUUUGGUGUUGGUGCCGGUGCCACCCUGCAUCCUUCAGCAGCUUUUCCUGCUGAUGCAUAUGGGAUUGCUGAUCGCCCUAAGAAGGCUGCUGUUCCAAACUGGCUUAGAGAGGAAAUAAUAAAGAAGAAAGCUGUCAUCACAACUUCAGCUCCAGACCUUCCAAAGGAGGAUUCACAAUCUAUUGAAGAUGAAGGUGUCGAUAAAUCUUAUCGGAAAGGUGACCAGGCUGAUAGCAAAAGCAUAGAUUCUUCAAGGUCAACCGAGGAAGAGGAUGAUGAUGAGGUUGAGGUGGAAGCAGCACGAACUGCAGCAAUGAAUCAGGAAAUAAAGCGUGUCCUAACUGAAGUUCUUUUAAAGGUUACUGACGAGCUAUUUAAUGAGAUUGCGACAAGGGUUCUUAGCGAAGAGGAUCUCACUGUUGAUGUUGAGCAAAAAACUAGUGGUGCUAGUCAGAAGGUGUUAGCAUCUGUUCAAGCUGUUACAACUCCCAAGGCCUCUGCCAAGGUUCUGAUACCAGUCAAACUUAAGGAUGCUGAUUCUGCUAAUGCCAGUGAAAAGUCUAUUUCCACUUCUCCUGGGGAUCUAUUAGGCCUUGCUAACUAUGCAUCCGAUGAUGAGGAUGGCAAUGAAAGCCCGAGUUCUGAUAAGCAGAAGCCCAAAGAGCAUGACAAUGGAAAAUCACAUGAAGAAUCUGAGGAGCAUGAUAGAUCUCCUGCAAACCUGGGGAAAGAACCUCACAAAAUGAGCCCUGAUGUUGGAACUGAUGACAGGUCAACUAGAUAUUCUGAACGUGAAGAUGAUGGAGGCUUCUCUAAGACUGAAUCCAAUGUUCCGGAGGAUAAGAUGCCAGGUGCGAAGGAUGUUGUGAAAACUGAAAAGUCAUCCCAGACUCUUGACUCCAAAAAGACUAAAAUAGAUAAUUCCAGAAGUGAAGACAGAAGAGAUAAGUCGGAUAAGAGCGGGAAACGUGAAGUUAGAAAGGGUUCUGGCACAAAUGAUAAUGGUAUGCACAUUACAAGCUCAAAGGACAGAAGAACUGAGAUAGAAGAAGGAAACCGUGGGAAUCAUGAGGAAACACAUGCUAGAAAGGGAAAAGUGGAUGAUCUAGAUGGUUCAAAAAAUAUUGUGAAGGAGAAAAGCCGUAAAUCAGGGGAAAAAGCCAAGGAAUCUGACUCAAGGAAAAGGCUCUCGCCCUCUAAUGUCAAGGAAGAAAGAAAGGAGACAGAGAGAGACAUCAGAACUGGUGUUAUCACAGAUAAUGGUAGAAAAAGAGAGAGAACGAGGGAUGAGAAAAGAGAAAAAUCUAGACGAAAAGAUGAAAGGGGCUCCAGCAGACGUAAAAGACAUCGUUCAUCGUCUAUUGAUAGCAGGGGUAGAGACAGCAAGGACAACUCAAGCCGUGCCAACAAUCCCAGUGAUGAAUCUUCAGAUGAUUCUAGAAGGAAGGUGCAACCAAAUAGACACAGAUCACCAUCACCACUCAGGUCAAGGAAAAGACAUGUUUCGCGGUCUCCUCAUAGCAAGCACUCUCAGCGCAGGCAUUCUCCUUACGCUGCUAGUGAAAGUAUCAGGGGAAGGAGGUCAAGGUCGAGAUCAAGAUCAAGAUCAAGGUCUCCUGUUCGUAGGAAAAGAUGAGCAAACGAGUACGUGGAGUCAAGACAGAGUAAUGAAGGCCAAUAACCUCGGAUACUCUUAUUGUCCAUGGCCUUUGGCUGUUAAGUAGAGAGUGGAUGCUGCACCAGUUGACCUGUUUGAAAUCCUCUUUACUGCCUUGGGCUGUUAAGUUUGACAAUAGAUAUGCAAGUUGACGUAUUAAAAUCCUUGGUUCCAGGUUGUGGCUGCCAGGAGCAAAGCUGCGAUACCCUUAUGCAGAGGAUUAAUGAUAUGAGAGGUUUAUAGUGUCUGUAUCUGUUAUCAGCUCGUCCGUUGUUGACAUUUGCGACAGCUUAUUAAUUAUAAUGUUGAGGUUGAUAAUUUUGUUAGCUGUAAAUUGUAUUUGGAGGUUGAGGUGUCUGAAGAGGAGGUGAACCAACACUUGAACAUCCAUGUGACCUUUUUCCAUUUGGUAUUAAUAUUUUUUGGAAGUUGGGAAGUCCCGGAUCCCCAUUAUUAUGCAA